GCGGUCGUUUGUCGCCAAAAGUCUGACGGGCUCGGAUCGGGCGUGUGCGACGGCCAACCCAGGAAAGUCAUAAAUAUUAUUUUAAGUGAGAGAAGCGAUGCACUCUGGGUGCAGUGAAAACGGUGGUGGUGAACAAGUACGUACGGCCUUAUCGUAAGCCUUUUUGAGUUAAUAAAAUUUAAGUGCUCCGCGAUAAAUUAAAGAUAGACUAGUGAGUUAGUUUAAUUUGGGUGGAAUAACGUUGUUGUUUGUGUUUUUAAGUACGUACGUGCAAGUGGUAACACCCUAAACAAUGAGAGAAGUAUGUAAAAGUGGUGCAGUAGUGGCUGCCGUAGUGGCAGUCCUAGAAAAACAGUCUCAAAAUUUCACCCCCGCUCAGAAGAUGCCCAUUUGUACACCUCAGAAACAUAACGACCAUAAUUCAGACCAUGAAAAUGCCACCGAAACCAACGAAAAUAACUUAAGGCGGAAGUGCGAUCAAAACACUAACAAAGCUGUUAAAAAUAGAAACACUUCUCUUGUAUUGCAACAAGAGGAGCAAAACAACUUCGAAUCGGCAGUGCUGGACUUUCAGACGGUCGCUCGUGACGUGGAAAAGGCGUUUUUUGAAGAGGAUUCGACCAACAACGUCAGUCAGGUUUUUACCAAUAGUGCGUUUAAGGAGUUACAGAGGUCGUUCGAGAGGUGUGAAGGUGGUGAAGGAGUUAAAAGGAAGAAUUGUUUGACGUUAGAUUUGAAAAGUAAGGAGUAUGCGAGAAGUAAUGGGGAGAGUAGCAAGACUGAUGAAGUGAGUACGUUUAACCAGCAACCCACAAAAAACAACUUAAGAUUAAACUUUGAUAAACCGUUCGAUAAUUCGGAGGAAGUAGUACUUGUGCUGGGCUAUGGUAGGGGUGAAGAAAUUGACAGUGACAGUUUGGAGGGCAGCACAAGCGCUAGCGACAGUGAGGGAGAACUUUUCUUACAUGAGGGACUUGCUACUAUAACUGAGGAGGAAAGGAUCAGCAGUAGCAGUGUUCAAUCGUCUCGAGGCUGCGAGGAUGAUUCAAGCAUCGAUGAUGAUAGAACCUUAAAAAGCCGAAACCGAGCCUGGUCGGGCAGCGUUUCAAACCAAGACGGUUCAUCUUCAGACCUGUCGUCCACUUGUUCCGAAAGAAACGCCACUUUGGGAGAUACUGGCUCAACAAGAUGCACCAACGAUUUUCAAUGGAUUCGUAAAGAGGCUUCGCCCCUAUCGCCACCCAGGGCCUCCCCGCAAAGAUUAUCUCCAAUAAGGAUGGAGGAGGAAUCGCCUCACGAGCUGCCAAAUUUAAAUAAACCUCCCAUAUCGAGAAGUGUAAGGGAUAAAACUGCAAGAAGGAGCGGUGAUAGGUCUGGACCUUCAGCUCCCGGGAGUUUAGACAGAAGAAGACAUCCUCAUAUGAAACGCGAGGAAAGAGAUCAAAAGUCGCGAUCCUCUCACGUGAAAAGUCCUCCGAGAUUAGAAGACUUUCAGCCCAAUUUGGGACAAAAUGGAAACUAUUGUUGUCCACCUAGUUGUGGACCGUACGAUGGGUAUUUUGAGAGCUUUCAUCGGCGGCAUGAAAGGUCCGAUCCCCAACGUUAUGGUAGCAGCCCCAUGCUUAUGGAGCAUAGAGAGCAUCGUUUCGGAGGCGAAAGGGGGAGUCAUCCCGACAUUUAUGGCGAUUGUUCGCGAUAUAGACACGAAAUGGCGUGUUGCUCAUAUCAUUUAGGACCACCACCGUGUUGUUAUUAUGGUGGGGAAAGGGGGUACCAUUGGACACCCCCACCCUACCCUAAGCCAGGAGAACAAGAUGAAAAGUUGAGGAAAAUCCAGUACGAGAAAGACAAUUUACAGUUACAAGUGCAAGUAUUAACCGAACAAAUUGAGGCUCAGUCCGAUAAGAUUUCGGAUUUGGAAAAGAUGCUGCUGGAGAAGAAGACAAUGCUGUCGGAUGCAGAGGAAAAGUUGCAAAGGGAAGUGUUAUCAAGAUCCUCUCUAGAAACCCAAAAACUGGAAUUAAUGUCGAUAAUGAGCGAAUUAAAACUAACUGCUGCAUCACUAGAAAGGGAAAAUAUGGAACUUAGGAAUGGCCAAGCUAAUAAUAAUGCGGAUGGGACCAAAAAGCCUCCCUUAAUACCCAGGCUAACUUCCGGAUCGCAGCCUCAGUUAACUUCAACACCACAACAUUCUAGUCAGGGUUUAAGGGUGUCACCAUCUCCUAGUCCUGUGGGAAUGGCUUCUGGUACCAGAAGUGCUGAUUCCACACUGUCUUAUCAAAAUGACUUACACAGACCAAAGACUCCCCCAGCAAACUACAAAAGGCAGAUCGACGUCCAGUACGGCAGCCUGCCUCGUCAACAGUUCCUAAGCAAUGGAAGUGGAGGGAUGGCGAACAAUGUUAUGGACAGCAACGCGAACCCCCAAAGCGGCCACAAUAAGCGCGGGGUGGCAUUCGGUAGGAACCACGGCAGCCUGCAGCACCUCCACCGUUUAAUGGCGUUGGGGGGCGGCAGGACGAGGGGCUUCUCGGUCCCUAAUUUAGCUGAAACAGAGAAAAUCGGAUUAGACGGUUCACCGUCAGAAGGUGCCCCAGGUUCCCCCACCUUAACUUUUAACAAAUCAAAGGGCAUCAAGAAAAUAUUUGGUAAAAUGAAAAGAUCGGGAUCGGGCAACUUAGAAGAUAUUCCACCGGGUAUUAGCGAGUUUCAAAGGGGAGGAGUGAGAGCCACUGCUGCCGCUAGGUUAGGAUGGAGCGAACCACAACUUAGUCCGAAACCUGAUAAGCCGUUCGAGGAGUGGGACACUGAAAAUAUCUGUGAUUGGCUACAGGACCUCGGAUUGGACCAAUACAUCCCUGAAGCAAAGCGUUGGGUGAAGAAUGGUCAACAAUUACAAGAGAGCACCAUUUCCGAAAUAGAAAAGGAGUUAAACAUCAAAAAUCCGUUGCAUAGGAAAAAGUUACAGUUGGCGCUCAUCGAUACUUCGGAGAAUUCGUCUAGCGAUUUAUUUCUUACGCAGGCUGGAAAGUUGGAUACGGCGUGGGUGUUAAGAUGGCUAGAUGACGCAGGUCUUCCUCAACACAAAGAAAAUUUCCUGAUAAAUCGUGUAGAUGGCAGAGUUUUACACCGACUGACCGUGGACGAUUUGGCACUGCUCCACGUGACAUCACUAUUACACGUAGCUAGUAUUAAGCGAGGUAUACAAGUGUUAAGGGAAAACAAUUAUGAACCGGGGUGCUUGCAGCGGAGAUCGUUACCUGACGACCCCGAAAAAUCCACUCCUCAACAGAUAUCUUUGUGGACGACGCAUAGAGUUAUGGAAUGGCUAAGAGCGGUAGAUCUUGCAGAAUACGCGCCCAAUUUACGAGGAGCAGGAGUUCACGGGGGUCUAAUGGUAUUAGAACCUAAGUUCACUGCUGAUCUGUUAGCAUCACUAUUAUCAAUACCCCCUGGAAAAACAUUGCUUAGAAGACAUCUAAACACGCACUUUAAAGAGCUACUGGGCAAAGAUAUCAUACAGGAAAAGCGAGAGUUGGAGACUACCAUGGGAUAUAUACCAUUAACGCCUAGUUCAAAGUUAAAAGUUGCCAAAAAAUCUCAGUUUUCGUUGAAAAGAAAAAAGAGUAAAGGAGAGGCUGAUUAUGGAGAUCUAGUUUGUCCGCUGAAUGCAGAAAAACAGUCAGGUGAUCUGAGUAAUUCCGCUCCUAACACGGGUAUGAUGAGGAUGGGAAGCCACGAGGAAGAGGAUGUCUGUCUUCGCGCUGAGAAAACGGUCGCGUCCCGUUCACUUCCGGCGUCGGUCCGGAACUCACCGGUCACUCUUAGGCACGUCUAAAUACCGAGAGACAGAAAGAGAUUUAUAAUAAUAAUAAUUAUUAUUGCGACAGUACAAUUUUAGUACCGUUAGAUUUAUUAUUGUGAUUAAUGUUUUAUUAAGAGAAUGAAUUGGAUAAGUUUUGAUCGAAUUAGGUUUGAAAAUCGCAUUACUUUACGUGCGAUGUGUUACGUUCCAACAAGCAAUUACAAUAUGCUACCUUGCAAAAAAAUUUUACGAAAUAUGUCAAGCAAGGAUAAAUGAAACCAAUGCUUAGGUUUUUCCCGAUUCGCAAUUACCGUAUUUUUAUAUGUAAAACCCGUUUAAACCCCAUCUCAUUGAAAACCAGAUCGAACUAGAUUAAACUGGUUUUAACUGAUGACAUAAUUUUGACAGAAACGCGUACAGGUUACUUAACAAUUAGUAACUGUUUUUAGUCUUUAUAUUUUAUAAUUCUUUUAAAGUUUUAAAUAUAUUAGAUAAUCCUAUUUCAAGAACUAGUUUUCAUACAAUCGGUUUUUUACGGUAACAUAUAUAUUUUAUUUUUAUGGUAAUUCAAAAAUUUUAUUCCAAGACUAUUUAGAAGCUUUAUGUAUAGAAUUAAAGACAUGUCAGAUUAAACAUUUAAUGGUAAAUUUGUACUUUCAAAAGGUAGCAUGAUGUAAUUACUUUACUCAAAAUUUAUUGUUCCAUAUAAUUAUACAAGAAAAGUUAACCCAAAACCCUAGUAUUAUUACAAUACAAGUAUUUUAACCUAUAGUCUUCCCCGAAUUUGUAAUUUUACGGAAUGUCGUUUGCCUUAGUAAAAAUGUGAAUUGAAUUUUUCUGAGUUUUAUAAUAUAUCAUUGUUGUUGAUCUGUAAGGAAUAAUGAACCCGUAAUGAACUUCAUUUAAAACAUAAUAUUUAUUGUAUAUUUAGGAAAAGGAAGCCAUUAAUUUCUGAUGAAGCUUCUUACACAAGCUCAAAUUACAAUAUUUUUUGAAACCCAUCCUAAAGACAAUAUAUCCUUAACAUUAACUAAUAAUUAUAAUAUAAUAAUAAACUUGACAUAUUCUUCUUGUUCGGAAAAUAUGUUAGAUAGAAAAUAUGAACAUCUCAAACAAUAAUUCGUAAUGAACGACUGGUAAAAAGUGUGCCAAAAAAAUUGCACAAUAAAUUUUUGUAUAAAACGGUUGAAUUUUUUAAGAGCUGGUUUAUUCUUACAUAAAGUAACUAAACGUUACCAGGUAUCUUAGAUUUUAGACACUUUUACAAACUGACCAAAUAAACGAUGUUAAACUAUUUGACCAUAUCACGUAGGUCUUAAAGUUAUGAUAAAAUUGUAAGUAGGUUAAGAUUUAAUGAUUAUCUGUGUUUUAUGUUUUUUUUUCAUUUUGACAAAAUCAUUAGCAGCUGUUAGGUUUAAUUAAUUCUCACCUUUUAUAAAGACCACCGAAAAGUGCAUUUGUAUUGUAGAAUUUAUAUAAUUAUGGUAUUAUUUAUCUUUUGUAAUUGUUUGACCUAUAAAUAUUUUAUUAUAAUAUAUCGAGACAUAUAAAAUAAAUUUUAAGGAGAAUAA